GCCCCUGGGGCUCGCUUUCCAUCCUCCCUCUGUGGGCUUCCCCAGUUCUCUCACAGCCCUGUGUUUAUGGGAGGGGUGGGACGCUGCCAGUCCCCCCUGCUGUCCCCACCUUCCCCCCCGAGUUCCCAAACGAGGGGCUCUGUCCCUUCCAUGGGUGACGGAUGGUCCUGGUGCUGGUCCUGCAGGAGGAACUGCCGGGGGAACCCAACUGUCUGUUGGGCAUCAGAGAGCACGUCUGGCUGGGCGAAAUUGACGAGAACAGCUUCCACAACAUCGAUGAUCCCAACUGCGAGCGCCGCAAGGAGGAUGCAUUUGUGGGCUUAAAGAACCUCGGCGCCACGUGCUACGUGAACACCUACUUGCAAAUAUGGUUUCUGAAUCUGCCGACGCUGAGCACGGUGGGGCAAAGCCCUUCUCCUGCCUGUCUCCCUGCAGGUGACCUGUGCAUAUCCGAGAAUGAGAGGAGGGUGGUGUCAAAGGAAGCCUGGAAGAAGCUCAAGCAGUAUUUCCCAAAGGCCCCUGAGUUCCCAAAUAACAAAGAGUGCUGUUCCCAAUGCAAGAUUUUGGAGCGCGAAGGAGAAGAAAAUAAAGCACUGCACAAGAUGAUGGCCAGUGAGCAGAAGACGUCCCUCCAGAACUUGUUCCACGACAAAUGCCGGCCUUGCCUGGGCAGCUGGCCGCAGGAGACAGACGAGCUGUAUAUUGUUUCACAGUUCUUCGUAGAAGAAUGGAGGAAAUUUGUCAGGAGGCCGACGCGGUGCAGCCCCGUUUCCUCGCUGGGGAACAGUGCUCUGCUCUGCCCCCACGGGGGCCUCAUGUUCAGCUAUGCUUCCAUGACCAAAGAAGACUCCAAGCUUAUAGCUCUAAUAUGGCCCAGCGAGUGGGAGAGGAUUCAAAAGCUCUUUGUGGUGGAUCACGUCAUCAAAAUCACCCGCACACAAGUAGCCGGGGAGCCCGAGAGCGCGCUGUACAGCUCCGAGCCCCAACUGUGUCCAGAGUGCAGAGAAGGGCUGUUGUGCCAGCAGCAGCGGGACUUACGCGAGUACACCCAAGCGACCAUCUACAUCCAUAAAGUGGUGGAUAAUAAAAAGGUACGGAUCUCUCCUUCGGCCCUCCCUCAUCCCAGCACCAUUUCACUGUUCAGAAGCUGCCCCAGCUGUGAACCCACGUGGCCAGACAAGUGGCUGUCUGCAGGCAAGGCAAGGCAGCUCACAGGCUUCUGCUGAUUUCUUUCUC